AGCUUGGUCUUAGGAUUGACCAGCGUAUCACAAAUGGAAAAUCUGUUUUCACAGCAGAACUAUUAGCAAUUAUUUGGGCUUUGUGGUGGAAAGUUCUCAUUUGUUCUGAUUCAACAGUUGUUCUGAUGGCUUUAAGAGGGGGUAAAUCCAAAUCUCGGCCUGACGUUAUUAAUGAGAUGAUACCUGUUUGUUUAGAAUUUGGAGGACUGGCACUAUUCUUCUCUUCAUCCUCAGAGAUUCUGUUAAAAUUUGCAGACUGAGGCUCGGACGCUGCGGGUUAAAUCAGUACAGGAUCCUCAGUAAAGGAAAACACUCUACUGGAUUAUGUGAGGGUAGAUGUUUUGAAACAGUCAAGCAUGUUUUCCUGGAAUGUAGAAAAUAUAAUACAGAAAGUAAAACUUUUUAUGAGAGAUUGUCAGACCUAGGAGUCUUGUCAUUUUCUAUUAAAUCUUUCUCUGGCCAAAAUUAGAACCACCAGCUGAUCACAAAAUCAGUUUUACAGUUGCUGCAUGAUUCAGGGUUGUAUAGGAAAAUAUGAAGCGUGAUUAUGUCAGUUAAAUUUUUGUCCUGUGGAGGGCAGUAAUACGUCUAGUAGCUCCACAAAGCCAAAAUCCCACAAGAAGAAGAAGAAGAAGAAGAUGAUUAGAGUUGCUGGCUUGUUGUAACACACCCUUUGUAGUGAGGCAGGCCAUUUAAACUGUUAGUGCCCUGCCUUGUCUUUUAUUCUACUACAGUUAGAUUAUGUUGAUUUGGGAAACUUUGUGAAAGAAUAAUUGUGUUUGUGUGGCAGUAUGUCUCUACUUCUGCUGCUGCUGUUGUUGUUCAGUGGCUGUUGGUUGCCUUUUUGUCAUAUAAACUAUCAUCUUCAAAAGCCCCUCUAAACUGGAAGACUAGUUUUCUAUUAGCACGUUUUUCCCCAAAAGGGUUUACUCAUCUGUCAGAUGUUGGGGACCACUUCUACACUUGAACAAGAAAGGCCCAAUCACCAUCUACAAACAUCCACUUCUGGCAAACAGGACAAAUCUGCAGCAUCAAUUAGGUAAAGAACCCGGACCAAUAAAUUAGGAACGUGGACGGAGAAUCAGAUCAAAGAUGCUGUCAUCACUGUUCAUGGCGCUGCGGGCCUUUACUGAGCUUAACUUCCAGUCGUCUGCCAUGUUUGAAGGCUCAGAGUCCGCCGAGGUGGAGGGAGGCAGCACAGAGAGCACCGUGGCCUCGUCCAUCAGCGCCUGUAAGAAGGUGCUGUGCAGUAACAGUGUGCUGGAUUCGUCGGAGUACUGGCUGAGGAAUGAGAAGGCUCUGUGCAGACUGGGCCUGCUGGACGACGACGCAGAGGGCACCUGCACCAUGGUCUACAGAGGAGAGAAAAGGGGGAAGAUAGCAGCAGGUAGAGCAGAUAUGGUGAUAACAGAGAUCUGUUUUGUGAAUCUGGACCCUCAGAAAACGGACUGUCGUGAUGACAAAAGCGUCAAGAAAUUGGCUUCAGUGUCUCCAGACCUGCCAAAGCUUGUUGAAUUACUGAAUGUCCACCAGCCGAAAGAAAAUGAGAUCCUACUGCUCGGCGGCCUAGAAGCCUCAGACACUUGCCAAACACACCCACACUCCCCCUCUCAGGUCCAGCAGCCACAGCAGAGAAGUACAGGCGUGUGCCUGGUUCAUUGUUCGGGGAAGAGACGCUCCACCCAACCAGGCAGUAUCAUCUUUGAGAUCAACAAGUUCCUGAUUGGUCUGCAGUGGGGAAAGGAACAACAGCUUCAGCAGGGCCGGGCAGCUGGGCAGCGGGUCGAUGACGAUACCAAUCGCUCCAUCUCAUCCAUAGAGGAAGACUUCCUGACUGCCUCGGAACACCUUGGAGAUGACAGCGAGGAUGAUGGCUUCAGAAAUGAGGCAGAGAGUGGUGACCUGGCAGAGAGCUUGGUAGAAGUUGCACAGAAACACUGUGUCAGACUUACGUGUCAGAGGGGACAGCUGGCCCAUCAUCAGAACAGGGAGGACAGGGAGGUGAAAAGGGAAAUGCAUCAGCGAGCCAGCCACCACACUAAGGAAUCAGCUGGUCACUACGCCACAAAUCUGGCCGAGUCAGUGCUGCAAGAUGCCUUCAUACGCCUCUCUCAAGAUGAAACGUCUUUUGUCUCUGAGGCUGCUGUCAGUGUGUCCCUCUCUAGACGCCCUUCCAACUUCACUGGUCCUUCACAGACCAAACAGCCUUCACAACAGCGCACCUGCUCUUUUGAACUCCCCAAGAUCGUCAUAGUUCAAAGCCCAGACAGUUCUGACGUGGCUGCAGAAUGGCCAGAGACCCAGGUGUCUAAUGUGCCUGACCAGGAUAUCACUGCCAAAGGCACAGAGAUACCAGAAAAUGGGACACAGGCUCACACUCCCCAUCACAAUGGAGGACACCCAUCCAAACAUGUAGAAGUGGCUUUAGCCUGUGCUGCCAGUGUCAUUGGCACCAUAACUACCCCACAGCUGACAGAACAGCUUGCCAUGGAAUCAGCUUCAGAGGAGGACACAGAGGAGGACCUACAUGAACCAGAGGAGAGUGGUGACUACUCCCUCUCCUCAGCCAUGUGUGGCAUGGCUCAGGUAGCUGGUGCUGUAGCAGCUGUGGAGCUAACAGAGGAGUCAAGGGAAGGCGGCGAUUCUGACGCAGAUUCCACAGAUGUCUAUACAGCAUCCCAGGGUCUGAUGUCUGCUGCCGAGGCCUCUGCAGUCUUCACACUGCACUGCAGUGUCGCAGAGGGUACCAGUGUUGAAGCAUUUCGUGCCAACAUUGCUGAGGUCCUACACAGGGAAGCAGCUGAGGUGCUGACUCAGCCACAAGGCUACAAGAGUGUAGCUCACCUGUUGGAGUCCACCCAUAACAAGAUAGUAGAUGGCAUCACUUGUCCAAAAAAAUCCUACAUGGAUGAAAGAGUGGUGGAUGACUUAAUCAAUGAGGUGGCAGACAGUCUCUUUAAGCAUGCUUUAGAGAAAGCAAAAAAGAAAAAAGAACUGGAGGGUACUGGAAAAGAGGCACCAAGCAUCCAGGUUUUUUUGCAGGACAGUGUAAACAAUUUGCUGUUUGAUAUCCUUUGCCUGACACAGAGGAAAAUCAGUCACAUAUCUAGAUUUGACCAAGGGACUUUUGGGACACAAGAGGGUGAUACUUGUGCUAAGGAGCCUGUUACCACCAUGGAGAGCAAGGAUCCAUUAAUUCCAUUGCAGUGCUUAGUUGGCCAUAGUCAGUCCACUAAUAAUGAUAAUCACAGUGGCAUGCUACAGUGCACAGAUAAGCUUACCAUGGUUCCUGGGCUGAAGGAGAAAUGUGUGCUUGAGGAAAAUGAUCUCACUGCAUCUCUCCCCACAGCAUACAGCAAAGAGCAACAGCAGCAGCCAUCAUACAGACAAAGUCAUUCUAAAUCCACCUCCUUUCCUGCCAAAGACUGGUCUGAAAACCAGCAGAACCAGCAGGGCAGUAGUGCCAUCAGAGAACCUUUGAGUGAAAUCCAAAUUCACAGCUCAGAAAAGAGGGGGCGACUAGUGAUGGGAAGUGACAGCAGACAGGCCUCCCUCACCCCUCAGUCCUCACUCAACUCUUGCAGUUCUCUGCUCUCUUGGAGAAUGGACUCAGAGUCCAAGACACCCAUUACUUGCUAUGCUGAUGAUUUGGCUACUACAGUGGUGUCUAUGGCCACAGAAUUAGCUGCCAUAUGUUUGGAGAACUCUACUGGGAAGCAACCCUGGUUCUGUGCCCUGAAAGGGACAUCUACAGAGGGACCAGAGGCCUACUUGAUCCCUGCUUGCCGUACAGUACUCAGGAGGAAAGAGGGUCAGAGCAGCAAUGCAGCCUCCAAGAAACAUCGGGCACCACGCCUCAGUGAGAUCAAGAGGAAAACAGAGGAGCAACCAGAGCUGAUGGAGCGGCUGGUAAACCGGGUAGUGGAUGAGUCAGUAAACCCGGAUGAACCACAGGACCCAUUUGCCCUCUUUGCAUCUGAAGUCACAGCCAGGAUCAUGAACUGCCCUGAGCUUAAUGUGGUGGACACCUCCAAAGCAGGCCAGCCACGCAGCAGGUUGCAGUGUGAGAGGUGGAGCCGUGGGAAGGCGUCUAGUUAUGAGAGCAUUCCAGAGGAAGAUGCAGACCCCUCAGGCACACCUAACACCCUGGGCCCAGGCAGUCGGUUAGGUCAGAACUUGAGCCGCGGUAGCUCAAUCUCUAAGCAGUCAAGUUGUGAGAGCAUCACAGAUGAGUUCUCGCGGUUCAUGGUAAACCAGAUGGAGACUGAGGGCAGGGGCUUUGACCUUCUCCUGGAUUACUAUGCAGGGAAAAAUGCCAGCAGCAUUCUGACUGCAGCUGUGCAACAGGCUGCAUCCAAGAAAAAUGGUCACCUUAAUGUCAGGGCCACAUCCUGCCUAUCCAAACAGUCUAGUACAGAGAGCAUCACAGAGGAGUUCUACAGGUUUAUGCUUCGAGACAUGGAUAAGGAAAACAAAGAGUAUGGCAUUGCCAAGACUAAAGAGUGGAGCAACAGCCUGUUCCCACCCUCUCCUAGAACACCCUUCUGUAUACGUCAAUCCUCUGUCCCAGACCGGCGCUACUCAGACUCACGACUGACUGUCAACUCGCCCAUUAAAGCCAACUCAUUUGACGGAUUUGCCCGCAAUGUGCAUGGAGACACACUGAAUAUCUACCCCACCAACUCAGUGUCAGCCACGGGACUGUGCAAGUCAGACUCCUGCCUGUAUCAAAGGGGUAAGACUGACCAGAUCACUGAUAUGCUGAUUCAUGAGACCUGGUCGAGCUCUAUUGAAUCCUUGAUGAGAAAGAACAAGAUCAUUGCUGAUCCAGAGGACAGUAUUGACCUGGAGGCUUCAGGAGACUCCCAGCCCCAUGUGCAGCAAUUUGCCAAUCGCCUGGCAGCUGACAUUGUGGAUAUUGGCAAGUCUGCACUCGGGGGCCAGCAAGAAGUAGCUGGAGGCAUGCCUGGGCCACACCCACAGCCGCACAUGCCUGUUGGUGAAAGAAGGAGGGGGUUCAAACAAUCUCAUCUAAGUUGUAGUCGGAGUAGGUCCAGCCAGGAGCAAGCUAGCACUGGAUUAGGGUCUGGGGCUAGUGACAGCAGUGCACCCCGCAUGAGGGGCCCCAGAGAUGUGCCGCUGAUCCAUAUUGAGGGAGAUCAGAAGGAUGAGGAGACUUCUCUAAGCCAUGAAAAGGCAGGAGGACCUCAGGAAACACCACCAGAAACAGCAGCUACCAAGCGUACAGAGAGAACUACAACCAACGGCAGCAGCAGUGAGAGGGACAGGCCAGCUGUGGCGGUGGCUGCAGUAGUGAAGAGGGACAAGCGUUCUAUGAGUGCUAGCAGUGAAGAGAGCAUGGGGAGCUGGUCCCAUAUAACCCCCGAGGAUGACCCCCACGAGGAGACCAGUAGUUUUAUCCAGCUGAGCGAGGGGAAUGGGACCAGCAGCACAUCCAGCCUAGGUCUGGCAGACCUGGAUGCUUUUUCUGAUGUGCCCACUCAGAGCACAGUAAUCAGUGAAGAGACAGAGAAAGGCCACCUGGCAGGAACCAAGGAGAAUAUCUUUCAGAGCAGUUCAGUGAGGACAGCGAGCAGCAGUAGCAACCUCGGGGAACUGUUGGUAGUAAACUGUGACCUUGAACCGGAGUGUGUGGACUCAGAGCUGAGAGUGGCUCUGCAGUGGAUUGCUGCCUCUGAGCUGGGCCUUCCUGCUCUCUGCUUCAGGAAGUCCAAAGAGAAGAGGAUCGCAAAGUUCCAGAGGGUGGUCCAUCUGAUGUCUCAGAAGGCGUGGCGGAUUGCGGACUUGUUCAGCGCUGUGGUUCAGUUCUGUAAGCUACAUGAGAAAGAGGAAGAGGAGGGCAGGUCCCUGUCCAGCCUGUUUGAUUGGCUUUUGGAGACCCUGUAAAGUGGAUUAGUUACCUAAUCCUGCAAACAAAAACACACAUGCUCCCUCACUCACACUUCUAACGUGUUCCUAACUAUUUGCCCCAUCCUGUCUCAUCACACCAAGUGUCUCCUGCUGCAAGCUGAGAGCACAACGCCAUGAGCCCUCCCCGGUGCCCUCUCACCCUGUACAUGGAAGUUGUCUUUUAUGUCUGUCUGCAAUCAUGAAUGGACCAGUUUCCCUUUAAUAAAAGCAUGUUUUGUUUUCAGAUUCACCACUCUAGCUUGUGAGACACACGUAUAGAGCAAACUGUAGGUAUAUGGGUUGGACAUUCCUAAUAGGAAUGAACUAGCCUUCAAGAGGUUAUAGUCAGCAGGUUUUAACUGCUCCAGAUAUAUUUGCAGACUCUCACAACCAAAUUAUGUGUUUAUUUAUUUAUUCCAAAUGAACACACGAUAGGAAAAUCAGGUUCGAUUCUCCCUGCAGCUCAACAUGCUCAAACCUUUUAUAUCAAAAUUACUGUGUAAAAGAGGCGGUUAAAAUGUAAGCCCAGAAAAAUCUCUGUCACUUUUGUUUCAUAGCCACUUAGGAGUGCACAUUUGCUUAAAGUAAGCAAAAUUGUCCAUAUAUUUGUUGUAUUCAUUGGCAAACACUCCACCUCUGUUGUGACCUUGAAACUCAGUUCUAAGUAAGUAUGUUAUCUUGUUAAUGUUACUUGAGAACUGAUUAUUUUGGAUAGCUGUACUGUAUAUACUGUAGAUUUGGAACUGCUGCACCUUGGAGUAGUGGACUGCUCUCUUUAGCUUUUACUAUGUCAGGAAGACAGAGUAAGGUUUGUAAUGUUGAAUUUGUAUGUGAAUUUGGUGUGUUUAUUUCUCUACUUAGUGGUACUCUAGUGUUACAUCAGCAUUCGGCAGCAUCAGCUGUAAACUCUGUCACUGUAGAACUGAAUGUAUUUAUCUUUUGACAUCAAUAAAUUUCUGUCAUGUGAAAUACAAGCAGCCUUGAUCAUUCAUAAUAUCCAACAGAAAGGCAACUGAACACUGCUUAGUAGCACAUUUAUCAUCAUUAGUAUUAUACUGUUUGCAUAGUUUUCCCAAAAGCAUGUCACAGAAGCAGCGAGACUAACAAACAGACACAUGAUCUUUGUGCAAGUUUAUCACACUUAAAUACAAGCUGGGAAACUACCAAACAGACAUUCAUAAUUACAUUGCACUUUCAGAAAAUACUACUUAGUACACAUGGGGACUGCCCAUUUGCCCAAAGACCUAUUAUUCCGAAACCCAAUAGUUCAAAAAAUAUCCCAUUGGAUCGAAAGCCCAUUAGUCUGAUGGUCCAUUAUCCCGAGAACAAACGCCUGUUGCUCUGAAGGCCCAUUGCUCCAAAAAUAGGGGUGGUGGUGGGGUUGUGAUAAAUGCACCAUUAUUUAUUGUUAGGCGUUCCAAUUAGGCUACCUCUUAGUCUUUUGGGUUAGGGUUAGUAUACACUAAAUGCACUAAAAAGCAGGCAUUUUGUAAACGAUAUCUUCAUAUAUGCAUGUCAAAAUACACUUAGGGCAAAAAUCUCCAGAGCGUGUAUUUUCGAAGCAAUGGGCCUUCGGAGCAGUGGGCUUUUGUUUUCAGGUUAAUGGGCCGCUUGACUAAUGGGCUUUCCAUCCAAUGGGAGGUUUUUUGAACUGUUGGGGUUUUGGAAUAAUGGGCCAUCGGACCAAUGGCAUGGCACCAUAUACAUCACAGAAACAUGAAGGCAAGGCAGUGGGAACAAAAUAUCAGAAGAUUAACUCUGUUAGCUGACAAUGGACUCAUUACUCUUUUUUGUACCGCAACAUGUUGUAUUGAAGAAAAACUAUAGCAAGUAAUUUGGAAUGUGCUUAGAUACACCUCCUCAAAAUUUAAAGUCUCUCCUCAACUUUAUAAAUCAUGCUGGAACCAUACUUCAACAACUAGCUAUAAAGGAAUAACUCAGCAUUCUGGGAAAUACAAUUUUCUUUUUGUGAGUUAGAUAUCACUCUGAUGUCUGCGCGUCGCAUAUGGAGCUAGAGCCAGGCGGUGAUUAGCUUAGCUUAGCAUGAAAACAAGAAGUAGGGGGAAAUGGCUAGCCUUGCUCUGUCCAAAUGUCAGAAAUCUGUCUACAGUAGCAGCACUAAGAAAGCUCAAUAUUUAACACACUGUACCUCUUUUGUUUAAUUUGUACACAAACAAAAAUGUAAAAAUGAAAGUUGUCGUUUUAUGGGGAAUUACAUGCUGCAACUAUGUAGCAUGUUAGUUACAGGUACUGGUAGGUAUGAGUGAACUUUUGAUGGAGCCAGGCCAGUUGAUGCACAAACAUCAGAGUGAUAUUCAUCUUUGUACCUAACACUAAGCAAGAAAGAAAUAUUUGUAUUAUAAUACUGAACUAUUCAUUUAAACCUAACUACAAAAUUAAAACUACUUGUAAUGACAUUUUAUAAGCAAAUGUAUCAUCUUAUUAAAGAUAGAAUAGUAAACUAAAAGCUAAAAG